CAAGCUCGUCUGGGUAGGUACCCCCAUACUCAUCAGAUAUUCUACCGCAAAACAGAAGUACUUGGUAUGGUUGUGUUCCGGUUUGAAGGGUGAAUGAGCCAGUGUAAUUACAGGCACAAGGGACAUAACAUCUUAGUUCCCAAGGUUGGUGGCGCAUUGAUGAUGUAAGCGAUGGUUAACAUUUCUUACAAUGCCAAUGUCUAUGGGCGUUGGUGACCACUUAUCAUCAGGUGGCCCAUAUGCUCGUCCGCCUUCCUAUUCUUUAUAUAAAAAAAGUUACUGUAACGAUUGUCGAAAAGAGUGGGGCGCGUUGUUGUGUAUUGAACUAUCAGUAUGUUUUGUUUUUCACGUUUUGACACUUAUAACUCAUCUCAUGUCAACAUAAUUUGUCAUUUUAUGACCAAACUUGACGUCAAUUAUAAAGUUAUAAUAUUUUAAGAAAUAAUAUUACUUAUAUUGUAAUUAUUUAGUGCAAUUUUAUAUAAUGAAGAAAUUAUUCUCCAUACUUUUAAUCCAUGUAAAGAAGCUAUCGACGAGCGAAUGUUAUGAAUCGGUCUGCUGGCCCAAGCCCAGCUAUGGACCGAUGGAAGUACAAAGAUCAGAGAUGUUGAACGGUACAAAAAUUGUCGCUGCAAAGACUUCCGGAGCAUUGAUGACAGCCUGUACUAUUAUGUUCCAGGCUGGUUCUCGAUACGAGAGCUCCAACUUCCUUGGCGCUUCACACUUCCUCCGCGCAGCAUCAUCAGGAUCCGGAUGCGGUUUCACUGCCUUCUCUAAGUUACGAGUUCUACAACAACAUGGCGCUUAUUUGACUUGUUCCUCGGAUAGACAAUCUAUUUCUUACACAUUACAAUGCCCGCUCCUAUAUUUUUCAGAUCUCAAGUAUUAUCUUCUGGACACUGCUGUAAGAUGUUGUUAUCACGACUGGGAAAUAUCUGAUCGAAAAUCAUUAGUGAGGGGCGAUCUGGCUAGGAUAGAUCCAGAACAACGUGUUCUAGAUUUGAUUCAAAAAGCAUUUUGGGCUGGACCUCUUGCGAAUUCAGUUUUCUGUGAGGACGAAAGAAUUGAUCAAAUGUCUGGAGAUAUAUUGAAUGACUACGUGAAGUGUAACUUUAAAUCGAGUAACUGUUGUGUGGCGAGUGUAGGAGUGCCAUUUGAAGAAACUAUGAAGUUAGCGGAAAUGAUUGAUACCCAAAGAGAAAAACCGAAAUUAAAAGAUCAUCCCCCAUCAAGACCUCGUGGGGGCUUCGAGUAUUACGAUCUAGGUUCUGGCAGCGAUACAUGGAUAGCGGUGGCCAUACCAAGUUGUGGAACAGAUGAUUUAAACAAUUUAUUUAAACACGCAAUCGUGAUGGCGGCUUGCGGUGUGGACAACAUGCAACAAGGACAACACGAGCUGGAUCGAAUCCCCCAACCACCACUCGGAUUAAUGACUGGGGAUGAUAUUUACACUAAUUUUAGAGCUUUCAACAUUUCAUACGCAGAAACUGGAAUAUUUGGCAUUGUAGCUAAAACGAAAUCAGCUAACGCCAACAGGAAUGCUUUCGCUGUGUCAGAGUUUCUUGCGAAUGUUGGUGAUUUAAACUUUACACAGAUCCAAGAUGGAAAGAAGAGAUUAAAACUAAGCCUCGCCCUUCAUGAAGAGGACUGUGUAAAAGUAUCAGAAGAUCUCGCUUUACAGAUAGCCAAUAAUUCACAGAUAGAUAGUGUACAGGAUUCUUUCACCAUGAUCGACAUGAUUAGUCUUGAAGAAAUUAAAGCUACGGCAACGUCUUUGUCAUCGAAUUGUAAUCAAAUGGCAGUGGCAAUAGUGGGUGACAUUGGUGUUGUGCCAACUGAUCAAGAAAUAUUUAAACGAUAAAAUUUGAAUAUUUAUUUCUAAUAUUUGUUUAAAGACAUGACUGUAACAAUUAAAUAAAAGCAAUUUUAGCUAUCGUUUCCUAACUAAUUCUCUAUCUAAUCUCAUUUAUCUAAAAGAAAAUAUUUUUUGUCAAUUUUAUUAACUUAAUAGGCUGUACGUUGUAAUACUUUAGCU